AUGUCGCCUAGAACGGUGUUCAACGAGAAGGAGACGCUGGGCUACAGCCUUGACGAUUUCCUCAAAAAAGCCAAGGAACUUUAUCGAAAUUCCCUCGCCGACUUUCAUUCCUUCUUGCUCACGGGAAGUGCGGAUUCCUUGGAUCACCAAGCAUUCCUCGAUGUCUACCACGACCUACUCUCGCCUCAUCACCAAGUUGAGGUGACUAGAGACUAUGACUCCCUUAUCGGAGUUCAGAAUUCCAUUGUCUUCAACAACAGCCUCUCCAUCUAUCCUGUGCCGAAUCCAGCCAAGACGCUGACGACUAGCGUCCAUCUUUCCUUUCCUAUUCAGGACGUCCACAUUUUCUUCCCGAAACUCUGCUUGCAAGUUGACGAUCUCUCAAACGGUGUUCAACUCUCGCUCGGUAGGAAGGCCGAAUUUUACGAGAAAGGACUCAGGCCUUCUGUUGAAGCCAUUCUCCAUGGAAGUGCAGAUGAUUGGCCUGCAACCUUUGAAGCCGAGUUAUUCCGCAUUCGCAAACGCUCUGGUCAUAUGGCUUUCGGUACGAGGAUUGUCCCUCCCGAGUUCUUGGAUCUGCUGGUGGACGAGCUUCGUUUUCAACUUGAACAGGAGGGAGUAGAUUGGGCGAAAGAUUUCUUCUUCACCCACACGAUUAGGGGGGUGAAAAUGGGGACUUGGCACAGUUUGGAUGAGGACAGCGCACGCAUGGCUUUCAUGACAUUCCUGAACCAUUCUAGCAUUCCUGCUGGGGCUCUUGACCAGGGCUUAUGGUGGGUUGACAUCGGCAUACAGUAUCGAAGUGAAGAGAAUCAAUGCCUACAGUGGACCACUCGAUCGCACUCCAAGAUGAUUCGCUACGCUCUAGGUGUUACCCAGGAUCAGGCAGAUCGCUUGAGUUCCCUUGGAAGCUCCCGUUAUUCCCGUGACAUCGUCAGCCACCUCACUGGCAUCUCAGGCUGCAGGGUAGAACCGCGUUCUUGGGGUGGUACCUAUGAAGCUGCGUAUUUACAGCUCUACACUACAGACAAACAAACAACUUACAGCCCUGACGGUUUCCACCAUGCCAAAGCUAUCACAAUAAAAGAGGCUAUGGAUGAGAAGAUACAGCCAGUCCCUUUCAUCGACCACUUGAUCAGGUCUUACGAGGACUCCUCCAACAUUGCCUCUCUUGCACGCAUCGAAGUCCGUGUCCCUGUCGCCUUCGCAUUCCAGGCGCUUAUGAACAUUCCUUCACGUGUCGUUCGAAGCUCUUUGGCCUCCUUCAGUCGUGAAACUUGGUGGAAAUUCCGUCGAUAUAGAUUGACAGCCAUGUCCCAUCUGUUGGCUCAACAAGCAAGAGGGCCACCAGCCACCAGAGUUACGCAGGACGCUCUUCUCCUUACAGCCUCUCUUUCCUGGCUCAUAAAUUCCCUCCAUGCUAGGCCUGACGAUGGUCCCUCUUAUCGUAGUCUGAUCAGAGCCAUCCUUCCCGAAGCGGAGCGUGACGAAGGGGACGAUUCCAUAUUUUUGUUCUUUAAGGUGGAGAGGGGGGAUAGAAACGACGAAGGAGAAGAUGACGAUGAAGACUCUGACCCGGAACUCGAAUACCUUCUACCCGCAUGUCCUUACGGCAUGAUCUUCCUUCGUAACCUCAAACACAGUUCUAUCAUUCCACGCUUUCGCCACAACCCCUCUGGUCCUAACUUGAGCGCAUCUGCAUUCAAGUUCAUCUUCAAAGCAGACUUAAGGACCAUUCAACACAUCUAUAAUAACCGUGGCAUAGUCAUUCCAGGUGCCGCACCCCAAAGACGCAUUCCAAACAAGGCCCAUUCUACCAGGAUCCUCCUUCCAGCUUCUGAAUAUGUUCAACCUCUCUUUAACUUAGCUACUAAGGGCUUUUCCCUUCCAGGACCUCCUGUUGACGACGAAUCCGAUUUCGAGAUCGGGUCAGGUGACGAUGGCGAUGGAGGUGAAGCAGAACGUCGCCGUCAAGCAACGUCGGGGAAUAUAGAUGAACGCUUGACAAGGGUAUGGAGGCAGAUGUUGGUGGAUGUGUUGUUGAAGAGUCCUAACGGUAGAAGCGCCGCUAACCCUUCCUACCUCAAGCUCACGGAGGCAGAGCGCCUAGAAGCUGGUGAGGAGAUUUUCCAGGAUUUGACCCUUUCCAACAUGUGGACUACGGUCAGGUACAAACGCGGUACCAUGGAGGAUUUUGAUCUAGCUUUCAACCACCUCUUUCCCCCACAUGGCCACGAGGUACAGGCAGCCUCCCAGAACUACCGCCAAUGCACCUAUUACCAGCUUUGGAAGGCUAUGUGCUCCGAAACCGACCAAAAAACGGUAAACGCGAUGAGGAAGGCUCUCAAGAAAAGGUACUCCAAGCUUCUCUGGGUUCCUUAUUGCACUUCCGAUCGUAUGUGGUCAUCUAAAGCAAACAGGCCAGGGGGGUUCACUAGAUACCCGCUUGGCUCUGUUGGCCCUGCUCCUCGUAUUCUUGGAAGAGGUAACCCAAGGUGGGGUAGUGAUUGA